AGCGUCGUUCGGGAAAUAAAUAAGAUUAAUGAACGUGAACUCGAACUCGGGAUUUCAGGAUCAUGGCAUGAUGAAUACAAGGAUUCUGCGUAUGUAUUCAUUGGUGGUCUGCACUUUGACCUGACUGAAGGUGACGUGAUCACCAUAUUUUCCCAAUAUGGGGAAGUCAUGGACGUCAAUCUCCCUCGAGACAAAACGACUGGUAAAACAAAGGGAUUUGGCUUCCUUAUGUAUGAAGAUCAAAGGUCCACUGUGUUAGCCGUUGAUAACCUCAAUGGUGCCAACGUACUGGGUAAGACGCUGCGUGUGGACCACGUAAAGAACUAUAAACAGCCAAAG